AUGAAGCGGCCACUGAGCCCAUCCCCCUCAAGUGAAAAGGAGCCCCCCACAACUGCAGCAUCUGAGUGUCCCCCUCACUCUCCAGAAUCAUCGAAGCCUAAGCGGGAAAGGAAGCAACCUUCCUACACACUCUGCGAUGUCUGCAACAUCCAGCUGAACUCUGCUGCCCAGGCCCAGGUGCAUUGUGGGGGACGCGCCCACCAGCGGAGGCUUCGGCAGCUCAGCCUGGGCAAGACCUCCACAGGGCCAGCAGGCCCCGCCUCCAGCGCCCCCAGCCCCCUGCUGGCCUCCCUGACCCUGCCCACCCGGCCUCUGCAAACCCCGUUGGACUUCAAGCACUUGCUGGCCUUUCACCUCAAUGGCACCACCCCGCUCAGUCUCUUCCCCAACUUCAGCACGAUGGACCCAGUCCAGAAAGCUGUCAUCAGCCACACGUUUGGGGUCCCCUCCCCUCUGAAGAAGAAGCUGUUCAUCUCCUGUAACAUCUGUCACCUGAGGUUCAACUCAGCGAACCAGGCUGAAGCUCAUUACAAGGGCCACAGACAUGCCAGAAAACUCAAGGCUGUAGAAGCUGCCAAGAGCAAGCAGAAGCCUCGAAACCUGACCCCAAAUGGAACAGUGGCGUCUUCAGCCUCACCUCCAGCCAAUGGAGGCCCCCGAAGCCCACAGAGCAAAGAUCCUGCAUCCCCUCCUCUUGGCCCUUCACUUCAGCUAUCACCGACCCCAGACGCAUCAGCCAGAGAGCUAGCCCACUCAGACCACUUGGAUGCUGCUGCUUCCUCUUCCUCUUCUUCCUCUUCCUGCCCACCCUGCUCCCUGGAUCUUGGCACAGAAGCCCAAGGGCCUGAGCCAGGAGAAGUGGCUGUGGGAAGUGGAGUGAAUGGGGAAGGCAGGAGCGAAAAGGGGUGCCUCUACUGCCCUACAUGUAAAGUGACAGUAAACUCGGCCUCCCAGCUUCAGGCUCACAACACAGGAGCUAAGCACCGAUGGAUGGUGGAAGGCCAACAAGGGGCUCCCCGAAGGGGCCGGGGACGCCCUGUGUCCCGGGUAGGAGCUGGACACAAGACAAAGAGAGUGACAGGAAAUCGUGGGGGCCGGCAGGGACCUAGCCCUCCUUUCCACUGUGCUCUCUGCCAGCUCCAGGUCAAUUCAGAGACCCAACUCAAGCAGCAUAUGAGCAGCCGGAGGCACAAAGACCGCCUGGCUGGGAAGCCCCCCAAGCCCUCCAGCCAGCACAGCAAACUGCAGAAACAGGCAGCACUGGCUGUGAGUGUCCUCAAGUCUAAAUUGGCCUUGCAGAAGCAACUCACCAAGACACUGGCAGCCCGCUUCCUGCCCAGCCCUCUGCCCACCACAGCUGCUGCCAUCUGUGCCCUGCCCGGGCCCCUGGCCCUCCGGCCUGCUGCAACAGCAGCUGCUACCCUCUUCCCAGCUCCUGUCCUGGGCCCAGCUCUGUUCCGUACUCCAGCAGGAGCUGUCCGUCCUACUGCGGGACCCAUCCUUUUUGCUCCCUAUUAGUGGUCCCA